AAAAUACUAACUCCUUUAUGAGACAUUCUGGCUUCAUUUAAAUAUCACCAGCUCCACUAGUACCACUGUAAUAUAAAGUUAAUGUUUAGAAACUAUUCAGUUUAAUCAGUCCCUCUUGUAACAACAACGCCUAUGUAUUAAUCUCUCAUCCAAAUUUAAUAACCUUAGCCAUAAAUUGUGAGAGUAUUGAUUUUCAUUAAUUGUUAUUAAAGUAAAGACCAAUUCAUGUUGUCGAUUUGGAAUAGUAUGAUGAUAUUUGGAGAAAAAAGGUUGAAGACCUUGAGAAACAAUUACGAGAACUAUAAAAACAGAAACCAUAGCCAGUGGUUUAAGCUCCAGGUGAAUUUAAAUUUUAUUUCUAAGAACCUGUCCUUGAAUUGAGAGCAGGUGCAGAUACUGAGGAAUUGGAAAAAUAGAUAUAAUAGCUAUAAUUGGAAUUGUAUAAAACAAAGGAAGAUUAUGAGGACUUAUUAUAAAAGUACAAUGACAACCUUAGUGAGUUAGAGCAAUUGAAAUGUAAUAUCUAAGAGUAUUUUAUUUAAGAAUAAUUGAAAAAUCAUGUUUGUACUGAUAAUACUGCUGAGUUAAAAAAGAAAAUUGAAUAACAAGAUAAAGAAAUCUAAAGAUUGAAGGCCUUACUUGCUUCUCAAGUGCCUGUUGGUAUAAUUUAAUCUUUUAUUUAGCAAAUGAUGACUCAGAAUAAUUGAAACUUUAUUAAUAAAGAAUCUCAGAAUUAGAACGCUAAUUACAGGAAUCUAUUUUACAGGUUGAAAGAUAUAGAUAAGAGAAUUCAUAACUAUUAUCUUAAUUGAACUUCUUUAAGGAUUAAGUCAAUGAAAAGGAUGAAAAGAUAAAGGAUUUAGAAAAAUAAAUUGAAGAACUCAAUAAUGAAUUAGAUGGGAUGUAGGAUGAAUAGGAGGAGAUUAUUGAAUAAAGAGUAGAAACUAUUAGAAAAGAAUUGAAGAGUUGGAAGGAUAAAUUUUUGGCUUUAAAUGCUCAAUUUCAUGAUUAAUAGGAAAAAUUAAUGCUAACUGAAGCUGAGUUGGAUCACAUUAAAAAAUAAGGAGGAGCUGGAGCUAAAGUAAAUUUAAUAAAUAUCUUAAUUAUUAGGGUAGCUAAGUAAUAACUACAACGACUACAACAAAAUAAUCUAAAUGAA